ACAUUCGUCGACUGCCCCUUCUCACUCAGCGCAUUGCACGCAGCAUUCUUCAAAUCCCUAAUACGGCUCCGGAUCCUCUUCCCCUCCUCCCCUUCCAUCAACCCCUUCACCACGUUGGCAAUCUCGACCCGACCCACUAACCCGUUUUCCCCAGCCCGGGGCCUCAGGGCCACCUUCACAUCCUCGUGCAGCAAAACCGCAUUCAUCCUCUGCUCCGCGUACAAGGGCCACGCGAUCAUGGGCACCCCAUUGGCCACGCUCUCGAGAAUCGAUGGGUCAGGAAAGCCGAAACCGACCCGUGAGCCAGGAUCUUCGCCUGUGGGGCCCACAGGGUCCCCGGCCUUUAGUCCGCUCCACAAAACCCUCGGGCAGGUAGGCCAAUGGGUCGCCAGCGUCCUUGAUGCUGAAUCUCGGUUGGAGUCCGACCCGCUUGGGCGCCUAAGAACCCACAGGAACCUCUGCUCGCUCAGCUCCAGCCCGAGGGCAAGCUCGGUAAUUUGCUCCUGGGAUAGGGACCCACCGCUGCCGAACGAGAUGAAUAGGACUGACCCGCUUGGCUGCUCGUCCAACCACUUCAUACUAGGCCCAUCCGAAUCGGGUUUGGGUGACCCGAUACUCAAUUGGGCCGGGCUCAAGCUCCUUGAAGCUAUUGAGAAUGAUCCCGCGGGCGAGGCGGUACCUCUUGGCGUUGUGGAGAACCCAUUUGUAGGCGUCGUUUUUCCUGUCCUGGACCGGGUCCAGCAGAUCUCUGCCGUGAAUCGGGAUGCAACCCGGGAUCUGAAGCUUCUCGGCGACCUCCCAGUAUCGCAAUAUUCUAAUGCUAUCAUCUGGUUCUUCAGUCAAUCUGGUAAGAGUAAGACUAAUUUGCUGAAGGUCGACAGCUGUUUUUGCGAUAAUGUCAACACA